CGCACAACACAAUCCCACUCGAAUGACCAAUCCAAGACAAUGUUUCUCUAUACGUGUAGUACGCCCAUAUCCUAUGUCAAUAAAGAAGCAUGCCAACACUGCAAAUUGCUAUCCAAAGAAAAUCAUCUUGGAAAAAACUUAAUUAGUUGUGGCAUGAUUGUUUCUUAGGAUCAUCCUGAAACCCUUGGUUGCCACCCAAACUCAUCGGCGAGCUCGUACAGUCACCUCUAGUAAGCUCAUCCGGCCAGUAACGGUCUUGCAAAUUUUGUCCAGAUCCGUCUUUGUUGUUGUGGUGCUGCUUUGUUCACCAAAGAAGCAGCAGUACAUUUAGUAAAUCAAUGUGCUGCCAUCUACCAAAUCAAAACUUGGGAGAGUUUAUUUUGAGACAUCUACGGCCUCUCGGUAUCAUGGUAUGACUCUCAACCUCUGCGAUUGGUUAGUUGAUAGUGGGCCAUUUCACCACAUGGCAGAAGAACCCUAAAAGAGGCAUUUAUCGGCUCCUUUAAACUCUCACUCUCGCAUCUGAGGCCGCCCUGCCGCCAAUUCUUCCUCUCAUUAGGACUCAGGACUCGUCGUCAUCCUUGCUAAAAGAUGGUGAGGAUUAGCGUGCUGAAUGACGCCCUCAAGAGCAUGUACAAUGCCGAGAAGAGGGGGAAGAGACAGGUCAUGAUCAGGCCUUCGUCAAAGGUGAUUAUCAAGUUUCUUAUGGUGAUGCAGAAGCAUGGAUACAUUGGGGAGUUUGAGUAUGUCGAUGAUCACAGAUCUGGAAAGAUUGUGGUUGAGCUCAAUGGGAGGUUGAACAAGUGUGGAGUCAUCAGUCCCCGCUUUGAUGUUGGCGUGAAAGACAUUGAAAGUUGGACUGCAAGGUUGCUUCCAUCAAGACAGUUUGGAUACAUUGUGCUGACUACUUCUGCCGGAAUCAUGGACCACGAAGAAGCCAGGAGAAAGAAUGCCGGUGGAAAGGUUCUCGGUUUCUUCUACUAAUAGGCUUCUUCUUAUCGAGAAAGAUAUAUGUUGCCUUUUGUGAACUUUCUUUGCUUAUGCAUCCCCCCUUCCUCCAGAAUAUUUAUUUUAAUGCUUGCUUUUUUAGUUUUGGUUUUCUCUUCUCCCCCAUGGGUUGAGUAGAUUUUGGUGCAUCAUAUCUUCUCAGAAAGAUUAUAUUGUUCACUUUUGUAUUUUGAGUUUUGCAGGAUUACAAUCCCACCCUCCACAUCUAUUUAUAGACCUUU